AGAAUAACUUUCAACAGUUCUGACUGCAGAUUAGCAGGAGAAGCAGAGGUAACCAGAAAUGAAGACCCAUGUGAUGAUUUUGCUGCUAGGAAUAGUUGUCAUCUGGGUGGCUGUUGAAGGAAGCCUAGGGCCUGGAAUUCAAUCAAGAUGCAAAUGUAUUAGAACUACAUCUGUGUUUAUCCACCCAAGAAGAUACCGACAUAUUGACGUUUUUCCUCGGAACCUCUAUUGCAGAAGAAUGGAAAUCAUAAUUACUCUAAAGAAUAAGAAGGUAGUUUGCAUCAAUCCGGUGACCCCAUGGGUCAAGAAAAUUGUUGUCAUCCUGAGUAAACAAAGACAAAAUGUACCUUGAAGACCUCUACACAAUGAAUGUGAAAACAUUGCUUCAACAGAAUCAAUUCCACUGCACACCAGGAGCCAUAUCUCCAUUACUCUACUCCUACUCUUGCAUUAAAGCACCAGAAAUAGAUUAUUUUAACCACUUUAUACCCUUUAAUUAGGAUUGCAGCAAUCUAUGGAAUAAGGGUUGUGAUUGUGUUGGGGGAGAGAUAAGCAGAUAACAUUGCAGAGAUGGAGCAGAAAGUGGAUUUGGUCAAGACUGCUUAAACAGAUGUUGCAAAAGCAAGUUGUCGUGAUCAACCACACAAUUUCAAUCUUGCAAGAACUGAUAAUAAAGUAUCCUUUUUGGAUACUGAGGAAAUUUUUUUUCAACUGUACAAACUGUUGUGCAUACUCCCUAUUCAGCAAAAACAUCAAGGCAGCAGUCUGACCAGAGUUGGAAUUGCAUACACACAACCGCAGAUUUGUAUCACUGAAUAAAUUAUUCUUCAGACUUGAUGUAGACAAAUUUAGCUUCAUGAGUACCACCAACAGAAAUAAAAUCAAGACCUCCAGAUUUAAGUUACAUGGAUAAAAACGCUAAAAGGUUUUUCAGGACAAUUUCAUGCAAGAUAUUGUUACAAUGAAAAGAGCAAAUUUUUAAAUGGCCAUUUAUUGCCUAC